GUUGAAUUUGGAUUGGUUCAAGUUGCUCAAGUAUUAAGGUACCAGGUUACAUACUAUUAAUACAUAGGUACAGACACACGGGCCCACAUGAACAUAAACGCCGACAUAGACAUGUAGCUCCAAAUUUAUUGUUGAGCUUACUUAGUCGCAAGUCGCAAGUCGCAAGUUUAUUACCACCAUCGGAUGAUUUGUUGAUCGCUUGCUCUUAACGAUGGAGCCCUCAAUACGACUCACGGCAUCACAUACUUGCCGAGCAUGCGCAAGACUCUCUACCGUUAAUUCGUCUCGGCCACCCAUUACGAGGUCAUUUUCCAAAGCCGCCCCUCCUCGUACGUUGCGCAAAAAUGGCCCUCCUACCUCGAGUAUACAUUCAAAGCAACCCGGUCUUGCAUGCCAGCCCAGGACUGGUCUCUCUAGGUCCAUAUCCCUAUUUGGGCAACAGUCUAAACCGGCUGAAGAUAGUUCGGUUGUAUUAGGAUCGGCCUCAGCAUCUGAAAGCCCAUCGAAGCCACCCAUUCUGCGCCCUAAUGACCUAUUCCAUCCGUUCUCCAGUUCGCCAAUUCCUGAUAUGCGGCGCCGUGCUGCUUUCAUAAGGCAACAUGGAUGUUGCCCGCAUCCAGAUCAUCAGACCACGCGAAUCCCGAAUGAUACUAAAGCCCCCGUAAGUUCCGGGACGCAGGCACCGGCUCACGUUAAAUUUGAGUGCCCGGACUGUGGAGUCCCCGUUUAUUGUAGCGAGCAACACUGGGGAGAAGACUAUGAGGCUCAUCUGAAGAUUUGCGAUACGCUACGACAGAUCAAUGAAGACGACCACGAUCUUCGCUCCGGGAGGUUUUUCCCCGAGUUCGAGUAUGCAGGACCACAAAUAGAAGAAGCUGCUGUCAAUAUGAUCAACUGGGACACGUUCCUCUACACAAGGCAGUUCGAGGCCAUCAACGACGACCGAAGUAUGAGACAAGUCACAAGACUCUUAACCUACCCAAUAACUAUAGGAAGCAUCAUUCAUGAGCUCAGUCCUUACAAUAUCAGGAAAGGUGGCAGACUCACGCCCGAAGGCUUGAAGAGCCUAAGCGCCUUACGAUAUACUUUACAUCCACCCAUGACUGGUGGAGGGAUAGAAAUCAAAGGCCUGCGCCCCGAAGCCCCCCCAGUGAGAAUAUUCAUAUUAGGUGCUCGUGCUGAAUCAUCUCUCCCCCGGAAUGUCUGGGUCCAGUUAGCUCACUUGUUCCCCCGGGGGAAAUUUCAUCUCAUUUUUAUUGGACCUGAAAGCAUGGCAAAUCGAGAUGAUGAAUUCCCGUUGCCACCUCGAACGCCCUCUAAUCCGUUUGGUGCCAUCGUAGAGGACCGAGUGUGGCCAACGAUGAAGAUCAGUACCAUCGUGGACUAUUAUCAUACGCUCCACAAAACCGGCCAGUUCUACCCAUACGACCCCUAUUUUGACUGUUUUGUCAUGUUCCAUCCAGGCUUAGGUCACCCAGCCAGCUCUCACGAGUGGACAGAAACGGUACCUCUAUUGCUCGAGACAAAGGCACCGAUCAUAGUGACGGGCUAUACACAGUACGACAUGGAUAGAGAUAUCGAAUGGGUGAGGAAAACCUGCCGUGGGGAGUUUGACAUGCUCAUGGAGCCUGGUGAAAACACCUUUAGAAGUUUGCGAUGGGACUUGAAUGACCUAGAUCCGCAAGAUAUCAGUUGUGGUAACUGGGGGGUGUGGGCCUUCCGAGGAAAGAGAUACGAAGCAACGAAGAAGGACACUGAAUAAGAUAUAAAUCUUAUCCGGUCAACUUGUGCAUACUACCAGAUGGUAUACCUAUCUUAGAAGCCUCAGCAGCCGAAGGUGAAUAUGGAAUUCUUAUGGCUCGAUCAUGUACAAAGUUGUGUCACUUUAUAAGAAUAAAUAUCGCGAUCCGCUUCAAGUCUAUAUUACAUGUAUUUUGCUGUAUAAAAAUAGAACUGAAGUGAUGCAAAUCCACAACUUCGAACUUGAUAUAUAUGCGUAGCAACUAGCCUUACUAACAAAUAUAUGUGUAAUUCUGCAUAUGUAUAGUAUGUAGUAUGUAUCAUUGAUGAGGCUCAACGAACGUUCUACAACAUUGAAGUCAUACUACUACCUACAUAAUGUAUCC